AUGGUAUAUUUUGAGGGUAGUCGAGAAAGAACAUUCGACCUCGUACUGCGGCAUAGCAGUGUUGCCAUACUUCUCUAUCAUACAGUGUUAAAGAAAUUCGUAUUCGUAAGGCAGUUUCGUCCUGCCGUACUAGUUGGGCAUAUCUUACGAUUGCCGGAGAAUUUCGGAAAGCAACUGAAACAGAUUGAUUGGUCCAAAUAUGAUGCAUCUGAGGGAUAUACUUUGGAAUUAUGUGCUGGACUAAUUGACAAGGACCUUCCAACGAUUGAUAUUAUGAAAGAAGAAAUAGAAGAGGAAUGUGGGUACAGUGUUAAGCGCGAUAAAAUUCAUCUCAUUGCAACUUUUAGUGUUGCUGCUCAUGAAUCUGGAGGUACGCAGUACCUGUUCUAUGCUGAAAUUGAUGAUUCUAUGAAAAUAUCCGAAGGAGGAGGAAAUGUUAACGAGGGAGAAGUUAUUACGAAGGUUUGUGGUGUGCUCAGCUUAAGAGUACCCAGAGGCAGAACUGCGCUAGUUGGCCAAGCACGACAUCGCAGCCCUGCUAGCACUGAAUUUGAGUCGAUCGACUGGUUAUCGCAACCUGCAGAAUGGGCAUACACGUUAGAAUUGUGCACUGGACAUUAUAGGAAAGGUAGCUCUGAAGAAGAAAUUGAAGCACGAGUGAAGAAAAUCGCUGCUUUGAAAUGCGGCUAUACAUUGGAUUCUGUUCACUUUGUUAAAUCCUAUAUCGUUGGCAUCAGCUUCGCUGGAGAUCGACAGCGAGCUUAUUAUGCUAAGGUUACCAACUCAAUGCGAAUACCAGGAUGGAACCAGUACGAAGACAUAACUCCGUUUUCAAUCCCAUGUUCGGAUAUUCCUUCAUUUCUUUGUGACAAAGCACCCACCAGCCCACCAUCUGUGUUGUUUAUGUUGCGGUGGUUUCUGGACAACGAGAAGAAACACUUUGAUCGUUGA